AAUCCCAGUUGGUGGCGUGUUCAUCGAGAUAAAAAAGUGAGAAAGAGAAUAAACCGCGCCGCGCCUUUUAUCGCUCCAAAUAGCCGCGGACCCGGUUCUCUCUCGGACUUGCCUCUCUCUCUCAUCACGUUUCAUUAUUAUUAUUAUUUUUUUUUAUAUAAUACAUAUUAGGAAGCUGUGUAAUACUCGAUUAUAGAUUAAUAAAAAAAAAAUAUAUAAGUAAUUGUCACUUUGCGCGUUGACUUUCAGUUGGUUAAACGUGAUCGUUUGUUAAACGUUAUACCGAGCAUCGUAUAUACCGAGGUCGAAACAUCUCACAGUGGCGCCUGGAGGGUUCCGGUCACGUGACUCACGUGUGCACCACAACUACAUGUGUCAUAUUAUCAUCAGAGUUCCAAAAAAAAAAUUCUUUUUUCUUAAUUAGCAGAACGAAAAUUGUUUCUGUUUUUAUGAAAUCAGGAAAUGCAAUGAUGAUCUGUUAAUUAAAAUACUAAAGGUGAUGAUCACCGACGGAAAAUUAAGUCCUAAACAACAACAUCAGCAGAGGCCCAAUCAAAUGGGAAAACAGAAUAAUGUUAGAAAAAUGAGUACAAUGCCAGAGGAAGAUGGAUCAGACGCUGAUGGUGAGCCGGACAUGAUUAGAUCAUCACAAGAUCAAGAUUCAGAUUCUCCCGAGGAGAAUGGACGUCUAUUGACCCCAACUAAUAAAAAGAUAGUUGUCACUUCAACGUUAUCAUCAGGAAAUGGAGUUAAAAGAUCCAACAGUGGUAACAGCAGUACCGACAGUGUUCACGAGAAAUUAUCAUCAUCGUCACGUGGUUGUCAAUCUGGUAGAUUGACGGAUGCUGGAUCCAGGGAGAUUUCGAUAGUACAACAGAGUGGAAGGAUCAGUCGUGGUAUGGAACUCUAUGGUAGACAUCAUCAAAAUCAUCAUUAUCGAUUUCCAAGUAUGAGAUCAUUAAAAUCAAAUGCAACUGAUGAUCCACAACAAUUGCAUUUUGGACAGCAACAUCAUUAUAGUCAACAGCAACAACAACAACAACCGCCGGCAACAAGUUGGGCAUCAAUUGUUUUUGAUGGUGGACACUAUGGAAGACCAUUUCCUGAUUCGGUGUCAAUUCGCUCUCUAGCCUCAAUUGGUAUGGGUUCGUCCGAUGGGAGGAAACUAACGAUAAGAAGAGUGCCCACUUCGCCAUCAGAGUUGCUUAACAUGGUACAUCCGCCAACUCCGGUGGAAGAUGAUCUCUCGACGUGUAGCACAUACGACGAUGGAGAUGCUGCAGAUCCGGAAGAUUAUCGACAACCAAAAAGACCUCAUUGGGAGAAUAAAGUGCAAUUUGUUCUCGCGUGUAUUGGAUAUUCAGUGGGUCUCGGGAACGUGUGGAGGUUCCCCUACCUUUGUUACAAAAGUGGUGGAGGUGUUUUUCUAGUACCUUAUUUUUUAAUACUCAUAGUAUGUGGAGUGCCAUUAUUGUAUAUGGAACUUGCAAUAGGUCAAUUUACUCGUCGAGGGCCAAUUGGUGCUCUCGGACAAAUGUGCCCUCUUUUAAAAGGAGCUGGUUUGUCUUCCGUGGUGAUAUCUUUUUUGAUGUCAACAUACCACAACGUGAUAAUAGCAUACGCAAUAUAUUAUUUUUUUACUGCAUUCAAAACCGAUCAACCGUGGUCCGAUUGCGAUAAUUUAUGGAAUACUGAACAUUGUUGGUCGGCUGCACUCAAUAGAGAAAAUAGAUCUGCAUCGACGACAUCGAAAACACCUUCCGAAGAAUUUUUCGACAAUAAAGUACUGCAAAUUAGCGAGGGAAUUGAACAUCCAGGAAUCGUUAGAUGGGAAUUGGCCGCAUGUCUUGUCACUGCAUGGGUAAUGGUUUAUUUCUCGAUUUGGAAAUCAAUCAAAUCGUCGGCAAGAGUCAGGUAUUUGACAGCGACAUUACCAUUUUUUUUGAUAAUUGUCGUCCUCUUCAGGGCAAUCACACUUGAGGGCGCUGAAAAGGGACUGCAAUUUUUCUUCAAAGUCGAAUGGUAUCGAUUAAUGGAUUCCAAGGUUUGGGUGCAUGCUGCUGCACAAAUAUUUAAUUCCGUUGGCGUGGGAUUUGGUACAAUGAUAUGCUUCGCGAGUUAUAAUAAAUUUCACAAUAAUAUUUUUAUCGACACACUGUCAGUGUCAUUAAUUGAUGCUUUUACUAGUUUGCUUGUUGGAAUUUUUACAUUCGCCACAAUUGGAAAUAUUGCAUUUGAGCAAAAUACAUCCGUUCAGGCGGUUCUGACUGAUGGACCUGGUCUAGUCUUUGUUGUUUAUCCAGAAGCAUUAGCAAAAAUGCCAGCUUCACAAAUUUGGGCUGUUCUUUUUUUCUUCAUGCUGGUCUGUCUCUCUCUCAAUAGUCAAUUUGCAAUAGUUGAGGUGGUUGUCACUUCAAUUCAAGAUGGAUUUCCAAACUAUGUAAAAAGACAUCUUCUUAGUCAUGAAAUGUUAGUUCUUCUUGUUUGUGUUGUUUCAUUUCUUUUAGGUUUACCCAACGUUACACAGGGUGGAAUUUAUUUUUUUCAACUUAUCGAUCAUUAUGCGGCUUCAAUAUCAAUAAUGUUUCUCAUAUUUUUUGAAGUUAUUGCCGUCUCGUGGUUUUACGGUGUUGGCAGAUUUUCCAACAAUAUUAAAGAAAUGUUUGGACGUGUUCCAUCAAUUUAUUUUCGAUUUUGCUGGUUAAUAGCGAGUCCACUUCUCAUAAUGGCUGUUUGGGUGUUUAGUUUGAUUGAUUACGAGCCACCAACUUAUCACAAAGGUGAAUAUAAAUAUCCAUGGUGGGCAGAAGCUGUUGGAUGGGGAAUUGCUUCGCUUUCUUUGAUUUGUAUUCCUGCAUUUGCUAUUUAUGUUCUAAUUCAAGCGGAAGGAAAAUCUUUUUCAGAGAAACUAAAAUGUUCUCUAAAACCACAUUUUGAAGCGUGCGCAAUUUGUGGACAGGAAUAUUGUACAGAACCAUUGCACGCAUUUGAGGAAGAAUUAUUGAAAGAACCUAUUCACGAAAUGAAUAGUCUCAUUCAAACAAAUUCCAAUUAUCCAUCGACAAAAACACAAAAUCAAUGACAUUUUAUUUUUUAAAAAAAUUCAAUUUUAAAAAAAAAAAUUUUUUUCGUUAAAAAAAAUUCAAUUUUUGUAAAUAUUUUUCGUUUUUAGAAAAUGAAAAAAAAAAGACAUUUUUUUUUCUCUGCUCUUAAAAUACAUUAUUUAUUCCUCUUAAUAUAUUUAUUCUUUUUUUUUUUUUUUUUAAUUCAAGAAAUAUUUGUUGUUUUUUUUGCGAAAAUUAAUUAUUUUCUAAAAUCUAAUAGAAAGUUGUAAAAUAUAUUUUUUUGUAAAUAUAUUUGUAAAUAUAUAAUUGCAAAAAAAAAGGGAAAUUAUUUUUAAAAUUGUAUCUUAAAAUAUAUAUAAUAUAAAGAUACAAAGUAGGAAUUUUUUUUUUCAUGAAAAAAGAAAUUUUUUUUUUUUUUUUGUAUUAUUUUGAAAUAUUAAUUAUAUAAAUUAUUAUUUUACUUAUUUUUUUUUUUUUU